CUUUAGUUGGUCAGUCCCCUAAGAAAAGUACUUUCAGAAUAUGAUCAAAUUUGAUCUUGUAGUGUUGACAACAUUGCAGCCUCUUGGACAGAUAUAGCUCGCCAGCGGCCGAGACGGUAAGGCUUACAUGAUAGCCACCUUCAGCAAGUUCAUGCGUGCUGCCGAGGUUGUGGCCUGACUAUUCUUUUACCUCCGUAUCGAUCCCAGCGAGUGUGUGGCUUUACGGUUGAGAAGAACUUGCGUUUUUCCAGUUUUUGAACCAUUACGUUUGAUGGAGCAUUGUAAGAUGCAGCUGCGAGUAGUGUGACUCAUUGAUCUCAGUGACAAGUAUGUUUCCUCGCUGUACCGGCAAUCAUUUGCAAACGCAAGGGUAACAACGUAAGCUUGAGCCGGAAGAAGAUUUUGCUCGAACAAAUGCAGAGCAUGGAUUUGUAUAGUGAUGGUAAAGUACCGCUCGAGGUCAUUCGUGAAACGCUGAAUCCAGUGAAACUCAAAUCACGGCUGUCGGCGCUUGUCGCUACCGACCAAGACUGUAUGGUGUCUUACGGUGAAAUCGUUUUGGCAGCUGUAAACAUGAUCGACAUCAUUGCAGGGGUUGAUAAUAAUGCAAUCAAGAAACCUUGUACUGAAGAGGUCGAGUGGCUUAAAGGGUUUGAGAUCGUGUCAACUUGCCAGACUCACCAUACUAUGCAUCCAUACAAGCGCAUGUAGAGCACACUGCUGAUGGAACAAAUGCAAUAGCUGCACAUUGGGCUACAUCUGAAUCAGAAACACAACAAAGGCAACGAUUGUCGUGUUUAAGGAGCAUUAGCUGAUACAUACGAAGAAUGACUUGAUUGGAUGCUAAUUCAGGUCUUGAGCGAAAAGCAACGAUUUUUUCAUUGAUUGUUAAGAAUUCUCAUUGGUAUACUCUUGCUGGUCCUCAUUCUCGUGUAAGUUGAAGUUGAAAUCAAUUCCAUUAACUCUACGGCUUCUGCUCAAGUAUGCAAAAAUGAACAUCAUGGUGGCUCUGGCCAAAUCUAAAAUUAAUGUCUUAUGUUUGAUAAGAUCUUUCGGAGCCAUCGAGUACACUGCAUGGUAUCUGUGCGAGAGCUUCGGCUAUCGAAUUAAAGAACUAUUUUAACCUUAUGAAAAGCGCAAUUUGAAGGAAAGUCAAAACACUCUCAAAUAAAAAGGCGAAAAAUGAGCUGAUUGGGGUUUAAAGUGUAUGCAAUGCAUAAAAUGUUGUUAUCACCGACUUGAACGAUGCAGCUUUUUGCAUUGACGCAAAUGUAGGCUGACCAAACUCACCAAAUGGUAGAUAUACAACGAAAUUCCUUUCAGACAUGGCACAGCAGUAGCGCGAGCUACUUGACAUAAACUGUUAGCGAAGAAAGCCGAUGUUUGGACCGUCAAUGCGGUGAAUCUUUUUUUAGCACGC